GACCUGGGAGGAGAUUGUGGGACCCGAGGGAGGGGGGGGGUGAAUUUGGGGGGUGAUGGAAAUCUCUGCGCGUCAUGCGGAGAGGAAACUCGGCGUCACGCGGUAGCCCUCCUCCAUUACUCCUUGGGUCUUUCGGUCCCUCCUCUCUUCACGGAAUACGAAGCGGUGACGUGCGGGAGGUGCGGUUACAGCACGUGUCGAGGGCGACGGCUGUCGUCGGAAAACUCAACAGCUGUCGGCAAACUCCGGGGAGUGGGACCUCGUUCGGCCACAAGUGACGCGUGGAUAGCGCAAGUGCCGUCUCGGAUCGAGCUCAUCACGGCUCCUUCUCCAGAGGAGUCGUUCACCUCAUGCUCUCGCUGUGGACCCACGCGGAGCCGGGCCCCGGCCCGCGCGCCCUCAUGGAGGCUCUGGCGGGCGGUCCGGACCAGGCGCUCGCGGGCCGCUAUCGGGAGCGCCUGUCACGGGGCGAGAGGGCCCUGCUGGCGGGGUGUCACCGUGGGGGCGCGGAGGGCCCCUUCCGCACCGCCGCCCCACCGGCGUGGCUGCUCUGCCAGUGGCCCGAAGAGCCGCAAGGAUUCCGCGAUUUCGCGAUGGGCUGCCCCCCUCGGUGCCGGGCGCUGCACGGGACCCCCCGGCCCACGCUGCACCUGCAGCCUCUGGGUUUCACGGACACCGGCUGCGAGAGGUCGCGCGCCUUCGUGGCGGCGGUGCGCGGCUACGCCGAGGCCUUCCUGCCGGGCUUCACGGUGCGCCUCAACGAGCCCCUCGACGUCGCCGAGAGCCGCAGCCCCUGCCGCCGCGACGCGCGAACGGGUCACUGGCAAAUCCACGCCGGCAAGUCCGCACACACCCACGUACAUGGGCCCAACACACGGUAAACUAAAACCAUUUUAUUUUUAUUUUUACCAGGUAAAGCCCCACUGAGCUAUGUAGCUCUUUUUCAGAAGCGACCUGGCCACAAAUGAUGGCUCAACGGUAAGUGGCUUAUC